GUACCCUAUACCGUCAACGAUUUGCUCGCUCCAUUUGAUCUGGACGACUUCGGCAUCGAAGGCUGUGAAAUAAACAGUCUGCUCUAUCCACUGAAGACAUCCUCACAGGUGCACCUAUUGCCCAGCAUCGAACUCCUGCAAGAACACUGGACGCCAUUCGAUGACAGCCUCGAAGAGGGUACGGCAGUGCACUUUGUCAUCAUUGACAGAUUUCUUUUCCAGUUUUUCUUGGCUCGGGCUGCACAGUUCAACAAUACAAUUCAUCUCGGAGGUCAUCCAGGUCAGCGUUUUUCGCACCAGACCCGACUGGAAGUACAUCUCAUGCCAUCCACCGAAUCCAUCGAGAUGAUCAGCCGCAUCCAUGGAGAAUGUUGCCGACUUCGCGCAGAAGUUGUGGGGUUGCGUAGCCAGAUCCAGCGCACUGAGCAGCGCCUGGGUUCCCUCAUUGAAACAUUGGGGGUCGCAUUCCCACAUCUGGCUGCGGAUUUGGGGCUCACCCUUCAAAUGAGUGAUCUGGAACCGACACCAGGCCCAAGCCUGCAAUUUUACAAUUUCAAUUACAACUGGAUCAACGCCUCUGGCUACAUCCUCAACUUUUCCAAGAAGCAGUUCAGCUUUUGGCCACGCGAACGGGAACAUGCCAGCGAAGAAGAAGAAUCAUCAUCCUCCUCUUCGGAAUCGUCAAGCGAAUCCCAAGAAAGUUCGGAGUCAGACCUAGAAGGGGACCCAGUGACCCGAUCCAAAGAUUGGGGCCCUGAGAUGUUGAUGUACAGGACAGCUCGCAUCAGCACUGAAGAGUUCAUCAGUGAUAUUUCCGACCACCUUGACGAAUUUGAAGUCCCACAUGAGGACAACUACAUGCAGAUCCGCACAGGCAUCCGCCAAUUGCGUAUCCACUUGAACUUCCUCCUGGCCAUCCAGAGGUGUGUAACCCUGCAUCGCAGAUCCUUUUGGAGCAGAAGCAACAGUACAGUUCAAGGCCCAAGCCUGCAAUUUUACAAUUUCAAUUACAACUGGAUCAACGCCUCUGGCUACAUCCUCGGCUUUUCCAAGAAGCAGUUCAGCUUUUGGCCACGCGAUCAGGAAACGACCGGAAGCCUGGACGCCGUAGAUGUCUCGGACACUCCAUUGAGCGAUGCCAAGAAGAGAGACCUGAGGCAGUCCCGCUGCCGAGCACCAAGCCUUACCGUGGAAAGGGAACAUGCCAGCGAAGAAGAAGAAUCAUCAUCCUCCUCUUCGGAAUCGUCAAGCGAAUCCCAAGAAAGUUCGGAGUCAGACCUAGAAGGAGACCCAGUGACCCAAUCCAAAGAUUGGGGCCCUGAGAUGUUGAUGUACAGGAACCGAAAGACUUUAAUAGUCCAUGCAGUAGCUUCCGGUGGAGCAGACACUUUUAGCUGUGGGGUCAAGAUUACCAAAGACUUCGAGGAAAUCCAGUCUUCCAACUUCCUUGAGCUCAGGCAAUGCAAAAGAUGUGCCACUGCACGGCCGUUGAAAACUGCAGGACAGCUCGCAUCAGCACUGAAGAAGCUGCGUUCUGAGAGAUGA